UAUACAUGUAGUCGUCGGGUCGUCCCUUCGCCCCUCUAGCCCUGUGCGCGCGAUCAACUGAUCGCAGCAGGCGCAGCAGAAGCCAGCAGCAGGAAUGGCGAACGUCAGUUCAGAGAGCUUGUCCAGUGAUCGACGACACUAAUCAAAGUGAGCGAAGGUGUAAAAAAAACUUGCGGAGAGCGCGAGGAUUAAUUGGAGGGAGCAGUAGUUUGCAAGAGGUUCGUGGAACCUGGGGAUAACGCAAAGGAGUGAGAGAAAGAGAGAGUGAGAGAGCACGAUGCGGAGGACUAAGGUGUAGUAGUAGUAGUUGUAGUGCUGUACAAUGAACUUUUCACCGUUCGGAGGACACUUCUCGACGACGAUACCGACUAUCCAUCAGUUCGCUGCUAAAUUCGGCCACGAGAACGGCGGCGGCAAUGGGCUGUGUCCGCCCCCGCCGCCGCCUCCUCCUCCACCGCCACCCACGCACACCACCACCGCCGAACCCAACAGCAACCGGUACACCGCCAACGGAGUGCCCUCCUUCACUCAGCAUCAUCCACCCACGCAGCAGCAGCAGCAACAGCAACAACAGCAGCAGCAGCAUCUCGUCAACAGCAGCAAAUACCAGCAGAGCUACCUGAACCAGACCUACCAGCAGAACGUGCGGCAUCCGUCGGACAAGAGGUACGAGCAGCAGGAAUUGGCGCAGGAGAUCUGCGCUGCAAUGCUCAGCCACCAGCAGGAGAAGCAGCAGCAGCAGCAGCAGAGCGGCGAGAAGGUUGCUUUAGGUCUAGCUUUUUCCAACGAAAGUUAUAGACUUUGCGAGUUGCAGAAGCAGGAGCAGCAGGAUCACCACGAGCGAGGCGGCGGAAGACAUCAGCCGACCGUGGCGGUGCCCGCUCCUCCACCGCCUCCACCAACCAAUCAGCUGCCACCGCCGGCGCCGAUGCCCGCCAGCUGGCAGAGCCUAGCCGCCCCAGGAUCCACCGUCGCCGAUUACCUCUCGCAUCUGCCGGCGUCGACGUUGCCGCUCAGCCUUCAUCAUUUCCUCAAGUACUCGGCGGAGACGAUCAAGAAGGAGACCGGUCAGCAGCAUCUCACCAUUCCCAGCGAGGCCAAUCUCAAUCAUCAUCUCCACGGCGCCGCAGCUUCCUUGCCCAUAUCCAAUCUGAACUCUCUGAAUGGUCCAGGAGGCGGCAACCUCCUCGGUUCCGGCAACUCUUUGACCACCAUAAAUUCGGCGCAGCUGCAGAACGGCCUCACCUCCUCCGGCAAAAAGAAGAAAAAGAAGAAGGUCGAGAAGGAGAAGAAGCCCAGACCGAAGCCUGGAGAGAUUCGGCUGACGACGGCCCUGGACGGAUCCACGCUGUACUGUUGUCCCGAAUGUCACAUGGCCUAUCCCGAGAAGGAACUCCUGGAGCAGCAUCUCGUUGGACACACUCUGGAGAGGAGAUUCGUGUGCGACAUCUGCGGGGCAGGUCUUAAACGCAAGGAUCAUCUCACCAGACACAAGCAGUCCCACAACCCUGAGCGACCGUACGUCUGCACCGUAUGCCUGAAGGCAUUCAAACGGAAAGAGCAACUCACCCUACAUUUCGUCAUACACUCAGGUGAGAAGAGGCACAUCUGCACCGAAUGCGGCAAAGGAUUCUAUCGGAAGGAUCAUCUGCGGAAGCACACGAGAUCGCACAUAGCGAGGCGCGUGAAGGCGGAGCUGUCGCAGCAGGGCCCAUCGACGACGCCUUCGUUGCAGCUGCAGGUGGCCGCACCGACGCCCUCCUCCUCCGGCCACGGCAUCCUCUCCUAAAACGCGGCGCGAACCUUUUUUUUGCCUUUGAACGUAAGUGGAUGGAAGAACCAGCACGAAACACCGACCCUCGAAAGACGACGACCGUCCAUCUCGUACUUUCAUCCUUAACCAACAACCUAAAGAAAACUACACUUUAACAAUUUAGAUAUGAUUGAAGUGCGGGACGCGAUCGGGUUGUCGUUGAUCAGGGAUGAUUUCGUUGCAUAUUCCAUCUACUCAUGUAUAUAAUAACAAUAUGAAAGUAUUUAUAUAUAUAUUCUUUGUACUUGUAGCGAGUGAUGGGAGAAGAAGGUAUCUUCACCGAAGGAAAAGAAACUGAAAGUAGGCUUAACGGCGUCGAAGACUUAAGAGAUUUUUUAUAUUAUAUAUAUAACCGAUGACGAUAACAUACCUGCAAGAACUAUAGUAUAUAUGACACACACAUAUAUAUAUAUAGAGAGAGAGAGACAAAACGAAACACAGAAAGAGAAAGAGCAUAAAAUGAGAUGUAUAUUUUUGGUGAACUACGUAGAUUUCCUUCAUUUUGCUGUUAAUUCCUUCGUUUCAUAUUUCUAAUUAAUAGUUUUUUUCUUUUCAUUUCGUUCUCCGUGUUUGCAUUCCCCAUUGGUGCGCGAGUGUUUGCUGUGGGCGUGACCCCGAAGUUCGAUUCAUCCGCCCAUAAACAACAAACGAAGAGCGAAAAGAAACCAAAAAAAAAUAUGAUCCUACAUUUCUUUCAAUUAUUUAUUUCUGCAUGUCCAUGUAUUUUCUGUUUGUUAUUCUUGUAUUUCUUUCGAUAACGCAACGCGAAGACCGACCGACCGACCCUUCGCAUUCUAGUCCAUUUCCGUUCUUCGCUCUGAACAACUUUUCCGGUUUCCUUCACCUGUACAUCUUAAUUACAGAAAAAA